CUUGGAUGUGAGAUGCCUUCUCUAAGAGGCGUUUGCUUUGUGUUGUGCUUAAUAUCAGCACUUCAACUCCUUAAAGCUCAAAUCACGCAAAAUAACUAUCCAGCAUGUACAAGAAGAGAUGGAAGGCAAGGUCACUGUAUACCCACUAAUGAGUGUCCAAGAAUAUACGACGCGGUGCUAAAAGCACGCGACAAGACGCAUGGAUAAGGCAACAAAAACCUAUAUAAAUAACUCCCAUUGUCCUAAGAGAAGAAAGUUCUAUGUUUGCUGUGAAGACCUUAUACAGCCAAAUACAACAACAACUAAAACUGCACCUCCAGUGUCAACACUAAAUCGUGGGUUACAAUUGUUGGAUGUUGAAGACUGCGGCUCAUUUGAUAACGUGCCGCAGACUACAAAAGGAGAUCAAGUAAAUGUUAUGAGCCGACCCUGGAUGGCUUUGCUGUUAUAUGAAAUAAGUCCUGGAACUCUAACAUUCAAAUGUGGUGGCACCCUCAUUUCGAGUCGCUAUGUACUAACAGCAGCCCAUUGUAUUGACAGCACACUUUUCAAAGUCCGCUUGGGAGAGCAUACAUUAUCAACUACUGAAGAUUGCCAACGCUUGAAAGGAAGGCAACUCUGUGCACCUCCAGUUGAAGAUUUUGAAAUUGAACACGUUUUUAAACAUGAGAAUUACUCGAGCGAAAAAGAUCUUAAUGAUAUAGCGCUUAUCAAGCUAAAGGGGUAUGCAGCAACCAAGUUACACAUAAAACCCAUCUGUCUACCCAUAACCCAGGAGCUGCAAGAAGAGCCCAAAACACUGCCACAGUUUAAGGUAACAGGCUGGGGAAAAACUGAAUCUGCAGAAUAUUCCGAUAGCCUUAUGGAAUCGAAUGUACCCAAAGUUCCCCGAGAAAAUUGCGAGCGUGCUUACAACAAAGAAUAUGACUCAUCUAUUAUUUGUGCUGGGGACCAUUUGGGAGAUUCUUGUAAUGGCGACUCUGGUGGUCCAUUGACCGAUGUGGCCUAUUUCCAUCAAAGACAAAGAUUCAUCCUGUAUGGAAUUGUCAGCGGUGGUUCACAUAGAUGCGGUAACGCAGCUCCAGGUGUAUACACCAAUGUGAGUAAAUUUCUUUCAUGGAUCGCUGCAAAAAUGGCCGAAUCAUUUCAAGGCAAGUUUCGUUGUGAAAUGACUUCUCUAAGAGGCGUUUGCUUUGUGUUGUGCUUAAUAUCAGCACUUCAACUCCUUAAAGCUCAAAUCACGCAAAAUAGCUAUCCGGCAUGUACAAGAAGAGAUGGAAGGCAAGGUCAUUGUAUACCCAUUACUGAGUGUCCAAGAAUAUCCGAAGUAGAGGGAAAACAAUCGGAUAAUGCAACAAAAACCUAUAUAAGUAACUCCCAGUGUCCUAAGAGAAAAAAGUUCUAUGCUUGCUGUGAAGACCUUAUACAGCCAAAUACAACAACAACUACAAAUGCAACUGCAACUCCAAGUCCUGUGCUGCGAUUGUUGGAUGUUGAAGGCUGCGGUUCAUUUGGGAACGUGCCACUGACUAUAAAUGGAUACCAAGUAAAUGUUAUGAGCCGACCCUGGAUGGCUUUGCUGUUUUAUGAAAAAAGUCCUGGAACUCUAGCACUCAAAUGUGGUGGCACCCUCAUUUCGAGCCGCUAUGUACUAACAGCAGCCCAUUGUAUUGACAGCCCACUUUUCAAAGUCCGCUUGGGAGAGCAUACAAUAUCAACUACUGAAGAUUGCCAACGCUUGAGAGGAAAUGAAACCUGUGCACCUCCAGUUGAAGAUUUUGAAAUUGAAAACGUUUUUGUACAUAAGAAUUACUCGAAGGAGAAAACCCUUAAUGAUAUAGCGCUUAUCAAGCUAAAGGGGAAUGCAGCAACCAAAUCACACAUAAGACCCAUCUGUUUACCCAUAACCAAGAAGAUACGAGAAAAGUCCGAAUUGCUGACACAGUUGCGAGUAACAGGCUGGGGUAAAACUGAAACUGGGGAAUAUUCUGAUGUCCUACGGGAAUCGAUUAUACGGAAAGUACCCCGAGAAAAUUGCGAGCGUGCUUACAACAAAGAAUAUGACUCAUCUAUUAUUUGUGCUGGAGACACUUUGGGAGAUUCUUGCAAUGGCGACUCUGGUGGUCCAUUGACCUUUGUGGACUAUUUCCAUCAAAGACAAAGAUUUAUCCAGUAUGGAAUUGUCAGCGGUGGUGCACGUAGAUGCGGUAGCGCAGCUCCAGGUGUAUACACCAAUGUGAGUAAAUUUCUUUCAUGGAUCGCUGAAAAGAUGAACGAAUCGUGAAUAAUAUGUCUUGCAAUAAAUAACUCAUAAUAAAAGAAAACAUGUAUGGUAUACAAGCAAUAAAUA